AUGUGGCCCCUAAUGAGGUCACUCGCUGCCCCACGCCUGAGGAACCUGCUCCUUCUGGGGAUGCUGGUCCUCUUGACGGUCCCAUCCCGUACCAGAGGUCAACCCCAGCCCUUCAAAUCCUUCUCCCCACCAGACUGGGGGCUGACACACCUGGCCAUCCACAACAAGACAGGUGAGGUCUACGUCGGCACGGUCAACUGGAUUUUCAAACUCUCCAGCAACCUUACCAAGCUGCGGAGCCACAUGACUGGACCUGUGGUGGACAACGAGAAGUGCUAUCCCCCGCCCAGCGUCCAGUCGUGCCCCCACGACCUUGCCCAGACCAGCAACGUCAACAAGCUGCUUCUCAUCGACUACGCCCAGAACCGGCUCAUUGCCUGUGGGAGCACCUCCCAGGGAAUCUGCCAGUUCCUCAGGCUGGACGACCUGUUCAAACUGGGUGAGCCGCACCACCGUAAGGAGCACUACCUGUCCAGCGUGACCGAGUCUGGCACCAUGUCCGGGGUCAUCAUCACCUCCUCCCACGGCCCCGCCAGCAAGCUCUUCAUCGGUACACCCAUUGAUGGCAAGUCCGAGUACUUCCCCACACUCUCCAGCCGCAAGCUGAUGUCCAACGAGGAGAACGCUGACAUGUUCAGCUUCGUCUAUCAGGAUGAGUUUGUCUCCUCGCAGCUCAAGAUCCCUUCGGACACUCUCAGCAAAUUCCCCGCCUUUGAUAUCUACUAUAUCUACGGCUUCAGCAGCGAACAGUUUGUCUACUACCUGACCAUGCAGCUGGACACUCAGCUCACCUCGCCUGAUGCCUCCGGCGAACAGUUCUUCACCUCCAAGAUCGUCCGCCUCUGCGUGGACGACCCCAAGUUCUACUCGUAUGUGGAGUUCCCCAUCGGCUGUACGAAGGACGGGGUGGAGUAUCGUCUCGUCCAGGAUGCCUACCUCAGCCGGCCCGGCAAGCAGUUGGCCGACUCCUUAGGAAUUUCCGAAGACGAGGACAUCCUGUUCACUGUGUUCUCACAGGGCCAGAAGAACCGGGCCAAGCCGCCCAAGGAGUCAGCCCUGUGCCUGUUCACGCUGCGCCGCAUCAAGGAGAAGAUCAAGGAGCGCAUCCAGUCCUGCUACCGGGGAGAGGGGAAGCUCUCACUACCCUGGCUGCUCAACAAGGAACUGGCCUGCAUCAACUCAGUGAGUCCCGCGGCCCUCCUAACACUACUGAUCUCUUUAUCUGAUUCUAUCUGAUUCUCUGAUUCAGUUCUGCUAUGCCUGCAUCACAUCAACUAAGUGAGUCUUGCGGCCCUCUGAACACAUUUACAUUUGAGUCAUUUAGCAGACGCUCGUAUCCAGGGCGACUUAGUUAGUGCAUUCAUCUUAAAAUAGCUAAGUGGGACAACCACUUAUCACAGUCAUAGCAAGUACAUUCUUCCUCUCAAGAAGUUAUCAGCAAAGUUAGUGGUAGAAGCAGAUAAAAAUGAUUCAAUUCUGAUAUGUCCCACAAAUUCAAUUCACUUAUAUUCCUAUUAUGUAUUUUCAGAGAGCAUUGAACAUAAGGCCUAAGCUCUGUAAUGGCAAACCUUGUGGUUAGGCAAGGGAUAGUCUCACUGAACAUCUGUCAAACUUGAAGAGACCGUAGUUACAGCUAGUAUUCAAUUGUCAGGAUUUUGCCUCAGAUGUUGGCGAUGGAUACAUGCAUAGCCUAUGCAAUGCAUGCACAUAUAAACACAUAGCUAGUAGUGAUGGGGGAGAAAAUCGAUAGUUGCAUAUCGCAAUUUUAUUUUGGACGAUAUUAUAUAGCUACUUUGACUGACUUGAUAAAAAAAUAUAAAUAGCUUGUUCUCCAUCUUUUUAAGUAGUGAGCCAACAUGUUUUCAGCACUUUAAUUUCCAUGACUGAUCAAAACUCAUUUUCUCAUGCUCUUUCAUCUCUCUCCAGGAAAAAUAUAGUGAGCAAUAUGUUUGGAACAUCAAAUCCCAAUAUCGAAUUGCAAUGCAUAUAGAAUCGUGAGAAUCGCAAUACAUAUCGUAUCGGCAUCUAAGUAUGGUGAUAAUAUAAUAUCGUAUCGUGAGGUCCCUGGCAAUUCAGUAUAUAUCGUAUCGCCAUCUAAAUAUGGUCAUAAUAUCGUAUCGUGAGAUCCCUGGCCAUUCCCAGCCCCAGUAUCCUCUAGAGCUAUUGGCAACAUCUGUGCCCUGUUGAAAUAUACUACAGUCAUACUGUAAUACUACUACAAUACUACAACAGGCUAUACAUUAGAAUUCCAUACAAUUAAACGUUAGUCUACUGACCUCAGACAUUGGGCUUUGCCUUGGGCCUUCCUCAACACCUCUCUGCCAUGAUGCUGGCAUUUAGGUUCAGUCCCCUUCGACUACUUCUCCCUGGGGCCAUCUGUAGAACAGUGGUAAUUAGCGAGAGGAGGUGCGACGUGUCUUGACUGAACCCGGUUCCCACUCUCACCCUGCUUUGUACCUGGAACCUACGAGUGCUUUGAUUUAGUCCAACAGGGACAUCAUUAGCCCUUUCCCCGUAAUUUGUGAAAUGUCACUCAAAUCAGUGGCUGAGGCACGCACACACAAACACAGACACUAAUUCAUUGAGAGAGGGUUGAUCGGGUGCUGUCUGCAGUGCUAGGCCCCUCAGGGAAGGUGGAGGCUUGGCUGGGGUUCCCCCACUGAUCCACUGUGCAUGGCGUUACGGAGCACACACACCACACCAGGCUGAGAUUAAUGCAAUACACAGUCCAUCUCGCACGCUCACUCACUCUCUCUCGGUGUGUACAGCUGUACACCUUAUAUUGUCAUAAUGGUGUUGAAAUGAGUACAGCUGUACACCUUAUAUUGUCAUAAUGGUGUUGAAAUGAGUACAGCUGUACACCUUAUAUUGUCAUAAUGGUGUUGAAAUGAGUACAGUAGCAGCAUGUUACUCUUUAUUACAGUUAAUUAGCAAGAGUGCACAGGUGCUAGAAAGAAAGAGCACAGGAUGGAAGCUACAAUCUAUCUGCACUAUUAAAGCUGAUCUACCCCCCCCCCCCACCCCAAAACAAAACAAAACAAAAAAACAGAAAGAGCACAGGAGAGGGAGACCGAAAGAGGGAAAGAAGGUUGUGAAUAGCCUAGUUGAGUAACCCAGUAUGUCCUCUCUCAACCUAGAAAGAACGAGAGGGAGAGAGAAGAAGAGAGAGGGAGUUGUGAAUGGCCCAGUUGAGGCACUCAGCUGUAGUUGAUUUCCUGUCCUCCUGUUCCCCCUUUCCUUUUCAACUCCUCUUCUCUCUCUGUUCCCCCAUUUAGCAUUAUUUGGACAAUUUUGGAAAUGGGCUAUGGCUUUCUGCGUACAAAUGUCCUGUCCUCAUGCACAGCAUUAACUCAGAAGGAUAACUCUUAUCCAAAGCCAGUUUCUGUGACUCUCUCCCACAUAACGCCCCAUAAUCAGUCACACAGCUCUCCUGCCCUGGUGAGAAACGUGAUGUAAUGGCUUCUUAGUUAAGUCGAUAGGCUAGCCCUUGACCCCUCGUGACCCUAGGUCAGGCUUAGGUCAAUGUGGACUCAUUUGAGUAAAAGUCAUCCUCUAAGCACAGGUCUUGAAUCAGCAUUCCGCUCCCCCACUCUUUUAACCUCAACCAUCGAAAACCUUAGAUCUGGAGGUGAUUUAAUCCAAUUGCUCCGUGAGGGGGAGAGAGGGAGGGAGAGAGAGGGGGGGGGUGAUAGACUGGGAAAGCAAGUGGAUGGAGGAUAAUGAGAGCGAGAUGGCGCGAGAGAGAGAGGGAAGAAAUAGUGAGCUAGAGAGAAAUAGCCCUAGAAAGAGAGCAGGAACAAGCCUUUGCUGCCUGUAGCUGCUGAGAAAAGGGGAGAGAAGAAGUAGACAUUGCAGACGGAGAGAGAGAAAAAUAAUGAUGGUUAGAUAGCAACAGAACACCUGUACUGGCCAUGUGUCUCCCAGCAGCUACACAGAAGCAGGAGGAGAGGAGAUGAUUGAACGCAUGCUCCAGUACAAAUAAUAUUGGUGUCCGUCACCCUGCGCUGGGCUGUCACCUUCACUGCAGCGACUUUCCAUCAUCAACAAGUUCACAGGGAGGCACUUUCUACCAUUACCCCUGACCCGCCACGCCAGCCAGUGGUUGGUAGCAUCGCAGAUGAAUCUCCGCGUCAGGGGACAUCUUGGUGUGUAUGCCUUUCAGUAAGUGAAUAGGAGGAGAAUAAGAAUGGUGGAGAAUACCCGUUAGUAUUGUUACUGUAGUGAUUUGUGUGCAUGUGCACACGCUCAUGGAGUCUGUAAUAGACUAACACAAUACAAGACUACAACUCAAUCCUUUCAUCCAUUUCUCACCCUCUUUUUCUCUCGGUCCUCAUUUUUGUCAUUCAUUCAAAAGUGUGUUUGUAUGGUAUUUUUACAUUUAAGUCAUUUAGCAGACACUCUUAUCCAAAGAGACUUACAGUAGGGAGUGCAUAAUUUUUCAUACUUUUUUCGUACUGGUACGCCGUGGGAAUUGAACCCACAACCCUGGCGCUUGCCAUGCUCUACCAAUUGAGCUACACGGGACAAAUUUCAGCAUGUGUUUGUGUUUGUCGCUAUGUUCUUUUGACUUUGUGUGUGUAUAUGCUAUCACAUCACUAUUAAACUGAGAUCUCCUCAAAGUGAGAGUGGAUGUAUACCUCCUCCUCUCCCCGUGCAGCGUGUCUCUGGAGUGUGAUAGUGCUGCAGAUUAGCCUUUUUAUGGGUUAAAUUACUUCCGUUCCGCCUCCACUCCUGAGAGCCCAUACAAAAGACAAAGAAUACGUCCCAAAUGGCACCCUGUUCCCUAUAUAGCCCUGGCUAAAAGUAGUGCACUAUAGGGAAUAGGGUUCAUUUGAGACGCAGGUUAGAAGCCGCUGCUACACUGAUCUACAUUACGAUAAGCCUAGAUAGGCUACUAAAGACUUUACGCUAAUACUACCCGCUAACACUCGCUCAAUCUCUUUUAAACACAGGUUAGGCCUAACUCAAGUUCUGCUGAUUCUGAUAAUGAAGAAUAGCAUUAUUCAAUUCGAUGUAACUUUAUUUAUUCCACACUGGGGCAAUUGUGGGGGAAAUAAAAUUGUAUUGAACUGUUUUGAGUUGGAUAACGGUCCAAUAUCAGAUUCAGAAUUGACUGUGUUGCAAACAGACCUGGUUCAAAUACUAUUCAAAAUCAUUUAAAAUACUUUAGCUGUGGUUGAUUUAAGAUUGCUUGGCGCAAUGGAACCUAUGGAACAGUCCCAAAAGUGCAAACGGUGUCAGAGGAAGGCCCUAAAAAUUGUCAAAGACUCCAGCCAGCAAAGUCAUAGACUGUUCUCUCUGCUACCACAUGGCAAGCGGUACCACUGCACCAAGUCUGGAACCAACAGGACCCUGGACAGCUUCUACCCCCAAACCAUAAAUAAGACUGCUAAAUAGUUAACCAAAUCUGCACUGACCCUUGUUGCACUAACUUUUUUGUCUCAUCACGUAUGCUGCUGCUACUGUUUAUUAUCUGUCACUUUAUUCCUAUUAUAUGUAAAUAUCUACCUCAAUUACCUUGUACCCCUGCACAUCAACUCGGUACUGGUACCCUGUGUAUAUAGCCAAGUUAUUGUUACUCAUUACUCAAUAUUAUUUCUCUAUUUUCUUUCUCUCUACAUUGUUGGGAAGGGACCAUAAGUAAGCAUUUCACUGUUAGCCUACCCCUGUUGUUUACGAAGCAUGGUCCUCUGUAGCUCAGCUGGUAGAGCACGGCGCUUGUAACGCCAAGGUAGUGGGUUCGAUCCCCGGGACCACCCAUACACAAAAAUGUAUGCACGCACGACUGUAAGUCGCUUUGGAUAAAAGCGUCUGCUAAAUGGCUUAUUAUUAUUAUUAUUAUUAUUAUUAUUAUUAUUAUAACAUUUGAUUUGAAACACCACCCAUCUGGCACUCCAGGCAGACUAAAGCAAAUGCUAAAAGCAUUUAAAAGAUUAUUUGAACCUAGGUCUGGUAGAACUAUGUUCUUCCAAAACAAUAUUUGCUAAGUUUCAAAGGUCAGCUCAAGCAAGGCCAACUAAUAACCUCGUAAAAUAUAUUAAAAUAAAUUUUCCUUAAUGAGUCUGAGCGUUAAUUACCAUAAUUGUAAAACAUGGGACUAUUCCUUUUCCCUUAAUCAGAAUAAUGUGACGGUAAACGCACAGAGGUAAUUAAGCAUGAUUGAUUGGGACGACAACAUUGACGACCACCGGAUGAUUCUUAGUUAAUUGAGACGUAAUGAGCUGAGCCGUGAGAACCACUAGGUUCAACUUAUGGGAUAAUAUAGUAUACUAAUAUUAUACAUUCUUAUAAAGUGAGUUAGGUUUACGGCCAAAUCAAGUACUUUUUGUGCGUGUGUGUGUGUGUGUGUGUGCGCAAGUGUGUUGAGCUUGUAAACACCCUUACAUGAUCACUCCACGCCACAUAUAUUCUCAUCCUAUUGUCAUAGGAAAAUACCAUGCAAAGGGGCCCCAUGCAGAGGUGUGCCUCUGCCUAUUGAAACGGAACAGUAAUCUCUUUACCAAGUGCAUCUGAGCCUAAAUCAAUAUGACUGUUCAGGUCUAGUUUGGUGGGACGCUGCAUUGGAAGCAACAUCUCUUUCUCUCUCUCUCUCUCUCUCUUUCUCUGUGUCUCUCUCUCUCUCUCUGUCUGUCUCUUUGUCUGUCUCUCUCUCUCUCUGUCUCUUUCUCUCUGUCUGUCUCUGUCUGUCUCUGUCUGUCUCGGUCUGUCUCUGUCUGUCUGUCUGUCUGUCUCGGUCUCUCUCUCUCUCUCUCUCUCUCUCUCUCUGUCUCUGUCUGUCUGUCUGUCUGUCUCUGUCUCUGUCUCUGUCUCUGUCUCUGUCUCUGUCUCUGUCUCUGUCUCUGUCUCUGUCUCUGUCUCUGUCUCUGUCUCUGUCUCUCUCUACUAAUUGUCAGUGUAAUUAUGUAUUGAUCCCUGUGUGUGUGUGUUGCUUACUCACAUCAGCUCAAAGCUCUUGAAAGUGGAUGCAGAUAUCGGCCUAUACCUGCAUUAUUUGUGUCAAUAUUGAUGGUGUGUGUAUGUACACUGAGUGUAAAAAAAAAAUGUAAGGACACCUUCCGAAUAUUGAGUUGCCCUCAGAACAGCCUCAAUUCGUCGGGCAUGGACUCUACAAGGUGUUGAAAGCGUUCCACAGGGAUGCUGGCCCAUGUUGACUCCAAUGUUUCCAUAGUUUUGUCAAGUUGGCUGGAUGUCCUUUUGGUGGUGGACCAUUCUUGAUACACACGGGAAACUGCUGAGCGUGAAAAACCCAGUACCGUUGCAGAUCUUGACACAAACCGGUGCGCCUGACAUCUACUACCACAGCCCGUUCAAAGGCACUUAAAUGUUUUGUCUUGCCCAUUCACAUACAAAAUCCAUGUCUCAAUUGUCUGUAGGCUUAUAAAUCCUUCUUUAACAUAUCUCCCACCCUUCAUCUACACCAGGGUUUCCCUGGUAACUCGGUGCACGUUUUUUGAGUUUUUACCCUAGCACUACACAGCUGAUUCAAAAAAUCAACUCAUCAUCAUGCUUGGAUUAUAUAAAUCAGUUGUGCAGUGUUAGGAGUGUUAGGGCAAAAAGUGAAACGUGCACCCCUUGGGGACCCGAGGACCGAGUUUGGGAAACGCUGAUCUACACUGAUUUGAAGUGGAUUUAACAAGUGAGAUCAAUAAGGGAUCAUAGCUUUCAUCUGGAUUCACCUGGUCAGUCUCUGUCAUGGAAGAGUUAUUUUAAUGUUUUAUUUGUACACUCAGUUUAUGUGUAUUCCAGUGCUGUGUGUGUGUAUGCCUGUGUGUGCGCGUGUAAAUGUGUGUUAUCCAGAUUGUCAUACCUUCAUACCAACCUUGUCCCAUCCCGGGAUAUUCGGUGAAACCGGCACUGAACACAAGGGGCACUGUUUUCAUACCCCAUUGAGCCUCUGUUAUCCGAAGGUUAGCAAUGCUAACAAGUACAUGUACAAUGCUAUAGAGAAUGCUAACUAAAUGCUAAUGAUGGCGUUUCAAACAUUUUAUACAGUCUCUGACCUAAACUAUUUGCAGGAUGGACAUCCCAGGUCAUAAAAUUAUACAAGAAACUCAAAAAUGCUACUCACAGUUUGCUGCACGCACAUAACAAAUAUUAGACAGCAAGACUCAUGAUCCAGGAGGGGAUUCUCUGCUGAUACCAAGCGAGGCUUGAUUUUGGAAGAAGCUAACCACUUAGCUAGAUAGCUAACUAGCUUCAAAAUGAGCAAACCAACUGCACAACUGCAGAGCUUUUAGCACAUUUUAGACAGUUAACUUAAUAGUUAUAAGAUCUCUAGCUGACAAACAUUUAGUUGUUAAUUCCAUACUGUAACUAGAUCACCUGGCGUGUUCUGCACAACAGUGAGUGUCUCACAAGGCUCUUGUGACUGAGGACUACCGGUAAGCUUCAUAAUGGAAACUUAUGUGACAGGUGAAAUGAAGAACACAAUAUUACAGAAGUUGUAUGAACAUUUUUCAAAGAAAUUGUUUCAACGGUAUUGACGGUAUUUAAUAACUAUUCCGUGCCUCUUCCCAAACACACAACGGUGGAGUGCUUACAGCUGUAUUUGUUGUCUCCCAUAGAUUGCACCUCCGUACCUUCAGGCUCUGAUCAGUCCCUACACCCAAACGAGGGCAUUGCUGGCUCCCCUUCCUCUGCGGAAGCAUAGUUCCCGCUCAGCCCAGUCAAAACUGUUCGCUGCUCUGGCACCCCAAUGGUGGAACAAGCUCCCUCACGACGCCAGGACAGCGGAGUCACUCACCACCUUCCGGAGACAUUUGAAACCCCACCUCUUUAAGGAAUACCUGGGAUAGGAUAAAGUAAUCCUUCUACCCCCCCCCCCCCCCCCCCCCCCCCCCCCCCAAAAAAAAAAACUGGCUAUAGGGUGAAUGCACCAAUUUGUAAGUCGCUCUGGAUAAGAGCGUCUGCUAAAUGACGUAAAUGUGCCCUUGAGCAAGGCACUUAACCCUAAUUGCUCCUGUAAGUCGCUCUGGAUAAGAGUGUCUGCUAAAUGACUAAAAUGUAAAAUGUAAAUGUAAUUGCAGUGAAAUGGAUUUAGUGUGAACUGGCCUGUUUCAUCUACCCUGUGUGAGCUGCCUGCCUGCUGCAGGGUGUGUGUGUGUACAUGCCUGUGUGUCUGUGUUUUUAUUAGAGAACAUCCGAUACUCGGCCGAGCCGAUAUAUCAGGCCGAUAUUGCCUAUUCUAGUCUAUUGGCCCUUCUCCAUCGGCUUUGCCGAUAGUCCCUCUACAUUAGAAAACUGCUUAUCAAGAGAUUUACCAUUCAAGUAAAGUUAUUACCAAGAUGUUAUGUAGUUAGAUUGGUAAAAACACUUUAAAAUUAAUGUAUACUUGGCUGUCUCUGGGAAAUGUUGUCAUGAUAAAUUAUAUUGAUUAUUGGCCUAAAAUAUUGGCCAUCGUCCUCCUUGACCCCCCCAAAGUCCCUAAAAAAAAUCCAUAUCGGUCGUUCUCUAGGUUUUACGCCUGAUACUUUUACCAUCGCUUGUAUAGUCAGAGAAACAUGUUGAAAGUGUUUUGACACAUUUGGGAAGCUGAUACCUGAAAUGUUGCCAAUGUCUACAGUGCCAUUGCUUGCUGACUUCACAAUGGAACAUACAGAAUAAUUCAUUAUGUAUUUCUUGCAAGAUGCACACACACUCUACCUAGCUGUGCAUUUAAAUACAAUUCAAGGCUUGUCGCUACAAGUAGGGGUGGCAGGUAGCCUACCAGUUAAGAGUGUUGGGCCAAGUUGCUGCUUCAAAUCCCCAAGCCGACUAGGUGGAAAAUCUGUCGCUGUGCCCUUGAGCAAAGGCACUUAACCCUAAUUGCUCCUGUAAGUCGCUCUGGAUAAGAGCGUCUGCUAAAUGUAAAAAGAAACAACCAAUCACACUCCCAUCUCCACAUUGCUCCAUUGCCAUGGCAUUAUAGGCCUAUCUGAUGUGAGAGAUUGGCCCCCUGAGAGAUUUUACAGGUUGCUUGUAAUGACAUGUAUUUUAAAACAACUGUGUGUGCAUACUGUGUGUGUGUGUGUGUGUGUUAGGGUCAUUCUAGGGACUGUGUGAAAAGUGCACAUACGUGUGUGGUAUUGUGUGACGCUAGUUGCAGCUGCAUCAUUCUUUGUGCAUGUGUGUGUGUGUACAUGCCCCCCGUUACCCCUGAGCUUAAGCAGUGAUGCGUGACAGUGCUUGAAUUUGGGCUGUAGGUCAGGAGUGGAAUGUAUUAGUUUAUUCUGUCUGUCACAUUGGUGAUGAGGCAGAGCAUGACACGUACAUACGGUCCUGUGUACUUUGUUAUUGGAAGUACAGCUCACUAGUAUGAUAUGUUCAGUGUAGCUUUGGACGUUGGCGUCAAUACCUAACCCAAGCGCUUUGAUCACGCUCUCUGUAGCUGAUGUGAGGAAGACCUUUUUAAACAGGUCAACAUCCACAAAGCCGCGGGGGCCAGAUGGAUUACCAUGACUUUCACUCAGAGCAUGCGCGGACCAACUGGCAAGUGUCUUCACUGAAAUGUUCAACCUCUCCCUGACCGAGUCCAUAAUACCUACAUGUUUCAAGCAGACCACCAUAGUCCCUGUGCCCAAGAAAGCGAAGGUAAGCUGCUUAAAUGACUACCACCCCGUAGAACUCACGUCGGUAGCCAUGAAGUGCUUUUAAAGGCUGCUCAUGGCUCACAUCAACACCAUCAUCCCGGAAACCCUAUACCCACUCCAAUUCGCCUUCCGCCCAAACAGAUCCACAGAUGACACAAUCUCAAUCGCACUCCACACUGCCCUUUCCCACCAGGACAAAAGGAACACAUACAGUAUGUGAGAAUGCUGUUCAUUGACUACAGCUCAGCGUUCAACACCAUAGUGCCCACAAAGCUCAUCACGAAGCUAAGGACUUUGGGACUAAACACCUCCUUCUGUAACUGGAUCCUGGACUAACUGACGGGCCGCCCCCAGGUGGUAAGGGUAGGCAACAACACAUCUGCCACGCUGAUCCUCAACACGGGGGCCCCUCAGGGGUGCGUGCUUAGUCCCCUCCUGUACUCCCUGUUCACCCACGACUUCGUGGCCAAGCACGAUUCCAACACCAUCAAGUUUGCUGACGACACAACAGUGGUAGGCCUGAUCACCAACAACGAUGAGACAGCCUAUAGGGAGGAGGUCAGAGACCUGGCAGUGUGCUGGCCAGGACAACAACCAUUCCCUCAACGUGAGCAAGACAAAGGAGAUGAUGGUGGACUACAGGAAAAUGAGGGCUGAACACACCCCCAUUCACAUCGAUGGGGCUGUAGUGGAGCUAGUCGAGAGUUUCAAGUCCCUUGGUGUCCACAUCACCAACAAACUAUCAUGGUCCAAACACACCAAGAAAGUCAUGAAGAGGGCACGACAAAGCCUUUUCCCCCUCAGGAGACUGAAAAGAUUUGGCAUGGGUCCCCAGAUCCUCAAAGUUCUACAGCUGCACCAUCGAGAGCAUCAUGACCAGUACAUCACUGGGGCCAAGCUUCCUGCCAUCAUUACCUAUAUACUAGGCGGUGUCAGAGGAAGGCCCAAAAAAUUGUCAAAGACUCCAGUCAAACAAGUCAGACUGUUCUCUCUGCUACUGCACGGCAAGCGGUACCGGAGUGCCAAGUCUAGUUCCAAAAGGCUUCUUAACAGCUUCUACCCCCAAGCCAUAAGACUGUUGAACAAUGAAUCAAAUUGCCACAUGGGCUAUUUCCAUAGACCCCCCCCCCCCCAUAGUCACUUUACCCCUACCUACAUGUACAAAUUACCUCGACUAACCUGUACCCCCACACAUUGACUCGGUACCGGUACCCCCCUGUAUAUAGCCUCAUUAUUGUUUGUGUUAUUAAAAAAAACAUAUAUAUAUAUGCAUUUCAUGGUACAUGUUGUAUUCGGCGCAUGUGACAAAUACAUUUGAUUUGAUCUGGAAAAGCGAUACAAUCCAAUCAAUUAAUUAUAUAUAUAUUAUUAUAAAAUAUUAUUACAUAUUAAUAAUAAUCAGUAUUAAAAUCCAAUCGGUUUAAAAACACUGUAGAGACAGACGGGCAGAGAAGGAUGGACGGACACACACCCACACACACACCAACCAGUGAUGUAGUGGUAAUACAAAAAGUGGGUUAACUAUGAUCGUCGUUCACGUUGAGUAAAGCAAUGCUGCCUAUAUUUUCUAUGCAUUUUUUAAGCUAAAGGUGGGUACCCUCCCGUUUACCCUCCACUACACCACUGUCUGUUACCCAGUGGAAUGAAUAAAUAAUAUGUCUGUGCUGAGAGAUGCCAGGCUGUUUUGGCAUAUGUGUGGAAUGUGACAGCAUGUGUUUAGUUACGCCCUCACCAGUGUGUGUGUGUAUUUAUAGAGCAGGACCUGUGUGUGUGUCUGUGUGCAGACUUGCCCAGUCACAGAAUCAGACCGUUGCGUAACGGGGGUAAGGUGUUACAAAGGUAACGGUACAGUAAUAUAUUACUUUUAUGAGUAACAGAGUAAUAUAAUGACUUACUUUGUUCGAAUAUUGUAAUAUUUUUGUUACUUUUUCAAGUAACGCGUCCAUUACUUUCAGAAUCAAAUUGCUACCGGCGUGUCAUUUAUUUUUAUAUAUUUAUACUACCGUUCAAAAGUUUGGGGUCACUUAGGAAUAUCCUUGUUUUCGAAAGAAAAGCAUUUUUUUUGUCCAUUAAAAUAACAUCAAAUUGAUCAGAAAUACGGUGUAGACAUUGUUAAUGUUGUAAAUGGCUAUUGUAGCUGGAAAUGGCUGAUUUCUUUUCUGGAAUAUCUACAUAGGCGUACAGAGGCCCAUUAUCAGCAACCAUCAGUCCUGUGUUCCAAUGACACGUUGUGUUUGCUAAUCCAAGUUUAUCAUUUUAAUUUGAUCAUUAGAAAACCCUUUUGCAAUUAUGUUAGCACAGCUGAUAACUGUUGUGCUAAUUAAAGAAGCAAUAAAGCUGGCCUUCUUGAGACUAGUUGAGUAUCUGGAGCAUCAGCAAUUGUGGGUUCGAUUACAGGCUCAAAAUGGCCAGAAACAAAGAACUUUCUUCUGAAACUCGUCAGUUUAUUCUUGUUCUGAGAAAUGAAGGCUAUUCCAUGCAAGACAUUUCCAAGAAACUGAAGAUCUCGUACAAUGCUCAGUCCCCUCCUGUACUCCAUGUUCACCCAGGACUGCAUGGCCAGGCACGACUCCAACACCAUCAUUAAGUUUGCCGACGACACAACAGUGGUAGGCCUGAUCACCGACAAUGAUGAGACAGCCUAUAGGGAGAAGGUCAGAGACCUGGUCGUGUGAUGCCAGGAUAACGACCUCUCCCUCAUCGUGAUAAACAGUCCCGUGUAGCUCAGUUGGUAGAGCAUGGCGUUUGCAACGCCAGGGUUGUGGGUUCGAUUCCCACGGGGGGCCAGUAUGAAAAUGUAUGCACUCACUUAACUGCAAGUCGCUCUGGAUAAGAGCGUCUACUAAAAUGACUAAAACAAAAAAUUAUAAUGACAAAGGAGAUGAUUGUGGACUACAGGGAAAAAAAAGAGUACUGAGCACGCCCCCAUUCUCAUUGAUGGGGCUGUAGUGGAACAGGUUGAGAGCUUCAAGUUCCUUGGUGUCCACAUCACCAACAAACUAUCAUGGUCCAAACAUACCAAGACAGUCAUGAAGAGGGAACGACAAAGCUUAUUCCCCCUCAGGAGACUGAAAAUAUUUGGCAUGGGUCCUCAGAUCCUCAAAAAGUUAUACAGCUCCACCAUCGAGAGCAUCCUGACCACUGCUCGGCUUCCGACCGCAAGGCACUACAGAGGGUAGUGCGUACGGCCGAGUACAUCUCUGGGGCCAAGCUUCAGAAGAAGGCCCUAAAAAUUAUCAAAGACUCCAGCCACCCUAGUCAUAGACUUUUCUCUCUGCUACUGCACGGCAAGCGGUACCGGAGCACCAAGUCUAGGUCCAAAAGACUUCUUAACAGCUUCUACCCCCAAGCCAUAAGGCUCCUGAACAGCUAAUCAUGGCUACCCUGACUUUUUGCAUAUCCCCCACCCACCCCACCCCACCCUAACCCCCUCUUUUACGCUGCUGCUACUCUGUUCAUUAUUUAUGCAUAGUCACUUUAACUGUACCCACAUGUACAUAUUACCUCAAUUACCUUGACUAACUGGUGCCCCCACACAUUUACUCUGUACCAGUACCCCCUGUAUAUAGCCUCCCUACUGUUAUUUUAUUUUACUGCUGCUCUUUAAUUAUUUGCUUUUUAAUUUUUUUUUAUUAAACUGCAUUGUUGGUUAAGGGCUUUUAAGUAAGCAUUUCACUGUAAUGUCUAAACCUGUUGUAUUCGGCGCAUGUGUCAAAUAGAAUUUGAAUUGAAUUAAUUAAUUAAUCUGUGUUUUGUGUGUGUGUUUGUGCACAUGAUGCAUUGGUGAAGAGAGGUGUGUGUAUGUGCGUGCAUUCCUUGUGUGUUUGAGAGGUGAGGGCAAGUGAAGGCCAAUGCAUGCUGCCUAAUGAGGAGACAGCUAAUGAAUAGAGAGAAGCGCAGGGCAAGAGGGUGACAGGAAACACAUACACAUGCCUGCACACAUGCACAGAUGAAUUGCAGGCUUGUCCCGAAACCAUGCUGUCAGCAGUGUAGGAGCUCAGAAGAGAUGGUGCUAGCUACCCCCUUCUCCAUUCCACCCUCCUUCUCUUUCCUUCUCUCGCUUACCUGGGGUCAGUGCCUCCAGACAGCAGCUGUCAAUUAAAGGGUAAAAUCGGGGUUAUCCUAGGGGCGGUGUGUGUGUAUCUGUGAUCGGUUACUCUGCCUCCAAACCUGACUAGAGGCACUACAUCUGUGUGUGCGCGUGUGUGCGUACGCAUGUGUGUGCGUGCGUGGUGUGUGUGUGUGCAUGUGCGUGUGUGCGUGUGUGCGAGUGUACAUGAUACACGUCUCUGUGCUAGCUAGCUUCUGGUUAUAACAACAUAUCUCUAACCUAUAAGAUAACAUGACAGUAUUAACCCAAUGAGUGUGUGUGAGUAUUCAGCCACAUAUUGUGCAAUACUUAUAUAAAAUGUGCCUGUGAAUCAAUGCAUACCUCUACGUGUUGUGUAUGUGUGGGUUUCUCUGUAUGGACAGACAUGCUUUCUGCCAUAUGAAGGACCAUAUUUCACUGAGUGGUGGUGUUAGUUGUCUAAUCCAUCUCCGUCUCAAACCAAUCACAGACCCCUUGGCUCUGUGCCAGCUAGAAAAUUCUGUAUGGAGCCAACUGGAGGCUAUUCCUAGAGGUUUAAAAGAGAGUGAGUGUGUUGGAGUGAGUGAGGGGUAGAAGGACUGAGAAGCUCAGUUCUGGUGACAUUUUAAAAGGACAUUCUACUCCAAAAGGAAUGAAAAUAAAAUGAUGCCGACACCUCCAGAAAUUAACCAAAUUACAUAUUGCUAAAAUUGUUUACAAUUAUUUUAACAUAUUGGACCAUAUUAUCAGGUAUGCUAUUUGCAAUAAGCAUUAUCACCUGUAGCCUAACUAAUCUGAUGCAGCAUAGUGGCUGUAAAUAAAUAGACUGAAGCAUGGAGUUGCCUAUCUGCAUUUACCCUAUUGGGCUGGCUAAUAAUUAGUAGAGUCCUGCAUCAGGUCGGAUACCCACGGUUCCCCGCAGCUGAGCCGCAAAAAAAAUCAGCUGGCUGGUGGAAUGAAAACAUUCUUUCAACCUGUGGGUCGGCUUGCACUUCAGAACAAUUACAUUGCGGGUCGGAAACCUUUUAAAUCAAGAUCAUACUCUUUUUUUAAAACCCAGAAGCUGUUGUGUUGCAUUGUGUUGCGAAUUCCAUUCUGUGAGCAGCGAGGCAGACAUAAGGCUACCAGCCACGCAUUGAGAGUGUGGAGCCCGGAAACUGGCCCUUAUUUGUGUGGUUCUAAAACGUUAUAAUUUGUACACACACAGAGCUUAUGUUCCCUCUCCCCACGUGAGAAUCCGACAAGUUGCCAAGUUUAUUUCCCCUGGAUAGCCUAGGUGCUGCGCGAGUGAAAUCCCCAGUUUUUAAGGACAACAACCCGGUAGAUGGAUACACAGCCUGUACAAAGUGCAAGCGGGUAGGCCUAUUUAUUUUCAAUAAUUCAGUUAAUUAUUAGUGAAUUAUUACAUCAAUUCAGGCUUUCGUUCAUUCGACCAUUCAAAUCAAAUUGUAUUUGUCACAUGUGUCGAAUACAACAGGUGUAGAUCUUAAGGUGAAAUACUUACUGACAGGCCCUUAAACAACAAUGCUGUUUGUAGAUAAUAGAGUAAAGAGAAUACGCAGGCCAUAAGGGUAAACCGGUGGUGGCUGGUAAAAGUUUGAGGAACCUACUAAAUAAAUAAUAAAAUGGCUACCCAGACUAUUUGCAUAGCUGUUAAGAAGUCUUUUGGACCUAGACUUGGUUCUCCGGUACCGCUUGCCGUGCAGUAGCAGAGAGAACAUAAAAAACGGAAAUAAUACAUUUACAUAACUAUUCAGACCCUUUACUCAGUACUUUGUUGAAGCACCUUUGGCAGCGAUUAUAGCAUCGAGUCUUCUUGGGUAUGACGCUACAAGCUUGGCACACCUGUAUUUGGGGAGUUUCUCCCAUUCUUCUCUGCAGAUCCUCUCAAGCUCUGUCAGGUUGGAUGGGGAGCGUCGCUUCACCGUAGGGAUGGUGGCAGGUUUCCUCCAGAUGUGAUGCUUGGCAUUCAGGCCAAAGACUUCAAUCUUGGUUUCAUCAGACCAGAGAAUCUUGUUUCUCAUGGUCUGAGAGUCUUUAGGUGCGUUUUGGCAAACUCCAAUUGGGCUGUCGUGUGCCUUUUACUGAGGAGUGGCUUCCAUCUGGCCACUCUACCAUAAAGGCCUGAUUGGUGGAGCGCUGCAGAGAUGUUUGUCCUUCUGGAAGGUUCUCCCAUCUCCACAGAAGAACACUGGAGCUCUGUCAGAGUAAACAUCGGGUUCUUAGUCACCUCCCUGACCAAGGCCCUUCUCCCCCAGAUUGCUCAGUUUGGGCGGGCGGCCAGCUCUAGGAAGAGUCUUGGUGGUUCCAAACUUCUUCCAUUUAAGAAUGAUGGAGGCCACUGUGUUCUUGGGGACCUUCAAUGCUGCAGACAUUAUUUGGUACCCUUCCCCAAAUCUGUGCCUCGACACAAUCCUGUCUCGGAGCUCUACGGAAAAUGUAUUCGACCUCAUGGCUUGGUUUUUGCUCUGACAUGCACUGUCAACAGUGGGACCUUAUAUAGACAGGUGUGUGCCUUUCCAAAUCAUGUACAAUCAAUUGAAUUUACCACAUUUGGACUCCAAUCAAGAUGUAGAAACAUCUCAAGGAUGAUCAAUGGAAACAUGAUGCACCUGAGAUACAUUUCGAGUCUCAUAGCAAAUGGUCUGAAUACUUCUGUCAAUAAGGUAUUUCUGUUUUUUAUUUUGACAACAUUUCUAAACCUGUUUUUGCUUUGUCAUUUUGGGGUAUUGUGUGUAGAUUGAUCAGGAAAACAAUUGAUUUAAUCCAUUUUAGAGUAAAACUAACCUAACAAAAUGUGGAAAAGUCAAGGGGUCUGAAUACUUUCCGAAAGCACUUUAUAUUAGAUUCUGGGAAUUCCCUCCCCAUGGCGCUCAUAAUUUGAAUAUAUUAAUAUCUAAAGGAAUAUUUAUCUUGCAUAGAAAACACAACAAAGAGCUGACUAGGUAAAUAGAUCAACUAUUUUGCACUGAACAAAAAUAUAAACACGACAUGUAAAGUAUUGGUCCCGUGUUUCAUGAGCUGAAAUGAAAGAUCCCAGACAUUUUCCAUAUAUGACCGAACGCCUAGAUUUUUGAAAUUGUGUUUUUUACAUUGGAUAAAAGUAGAGACUCAGUGCUAGAAAAUGGUAUAUCAUAAACUGCAGUUGAGGAACAAUGGGAAAGUAAUUCUGCUUGGAAAGAUGAUACACUUUUGAGAAAAUGGUCCUUAAAUGUAUUGGUACACAUACUGGAGAGCUCUUCUUUGUCCACAAACAUUCAGCAUCAUUCACACCCUUUUAAGCCUUAGCCCCACCCAUCUCUUUAAGGAUUCACAUGUGAAACACACUAUAUCAAAUAAAAUCUAAGUUUAUAUGUCACAUGCACAGGAUACAGAAGGUGUAAACUGUACAGUAAAGUGGUUACUUGCAUUGUAGCAAUAUCAAAAAAAGAAAGUGUCCAGAUAAGAAUACUUUAUAAAUAUGUUAUCAUUAUUAGAUGACAAUUACCCGUUACACUUGUCUAAAUUGAUGGGUCAUGUGAAGGAAUUGCUAUAACUACCCCCCAGCCACAUCUAGCUAAGUGGAUGGGUCACUAUUGUCUAGACAUGUACACAUAAUCACCCCCAGACACACCUGCUAAUUUAAUGGGUCAUGUAAUAAUACAUACUGGAGAGUUUACAAUUAGUUUAUGUAAACUUCUGACCCACUGGAAUUGUGAUACAAUGAAUUAUAUGUGAAAUAAUAUGUCUGUAAGCAAUUGUUGGAAAAAUGACUUGUGUCAUGCACAAAGUAGAUGUCCUAACCGACUUGCCAAAACUAUAGUUUGUGAACAAGAAAUGUGUGGAGUGGUUGAAAAACUAGUUUUAAUGACUCCAACCUAAGUGUAUGUACACUUCCGACUUCAACUGUAGGUACCUAGCUAGCUAUGUAGCCAAACAAUCAACUGGCGUAAUCCCAACUCAUACUACUACCAAUACAAACAUUGUCAUAGCUGUAGUAUGAAUCUGCAGGUAGCUAAAGCUAACAAACUAGGUUCAAUGUUAGCUAGCUAACAUUAUGCUAUAGCUAGCAAUGCAAAUAGUUUUCUGAUUCUAAUAAUAUUACUGCAGAUCAUAAAUGUAACGUUAGCUAGUGAGCAGGCAAGCUAACAUUUGCUAUCUACUGUAACUAACAGUACGCUGUAACUUGCAAUAAAAACGACUUUCUCACAAAAUUAGAAACUUAUAUCUGAAAAUGUAUCUAGACUCUUACCCGUAUACAUGAAUGAACGCUUCAGGCAGACUUGAACCAUUUAUUCCGUUUUAUUUGUAGCUACAUCUUGGGUGUGUUCAUAAAUUCAAUCUGGAGUGCCAGAGUGCGCUCAGAGUGCGCUCUGGGCGUUCGUAAAUUCAGAGCGUUGUCAGAUUGUCCUUUCGUAAUUUCAGAGCUUUUAGCUCUCGGAGCGUUUAGAGCUCACACUGGACGCUCUGGCCGAGGAGUAGGGUUGAUCCGAGCGUUCAGACCUCACAACGGCAGUCAAGCACUCAAGCUAAUGUUGGCUAGCUUGCUAGCUACUUCCAGACACAUUAUAUUAUUAUUAUUAUUACAAAUAAGAGAGAAUCUCACUCUGACCAUUUUACUCGCCCCUAGCAGAGCUGGUUGGUUAGGGUGUUUUCAUGUUGUCCAGAGUGUUGGUGACUGUAACUGUGCUGCUGGCUACAAUUUAAUUACGCUUUUUUGCCGACGUUUACUGACACCGGCCAUAUUCAAUGGGUGUUGAGCGUUCGUAAAUUAAUCAUUUGUUCUGCGCUCUGGCACACUCAGACGAAAGUGCUCUGAAAUCGGAGUAGAUAGCCAGAGUGAAUUUACGAAAGCACCCCUUGUUUAGCCAGCGUUGUGUCAAGUCACUCCGGUUCACGUUGACCGUGGCGUGUGUAGAAAGUAGCCCAUCACUUUUUCCAACUGAUCUGUCGAUAGCGCCUGCUAAAUUCAGGUCAUCAAUGUUGUUGAGAAAAGUAGCAAAACUUUUGUAGUUCUCAAUGGCUAACGUUAUAUCUUUCAAAAACGGCGUGGUAGAAAGUACUGUCAACACAUACUAAACAGCUCACGUGAUAGACAAAAGCAUGCUACAUGGCAGACCAAUCCAAACUCAUCUCCCGGCAUGUCCAGCCCAUUCAGUAUCUCAGCCGAUCAUGGCUAGCGGUAAGGUUCCUGUCUUUUUCCAUGGCUAAACCAACUACAUUUGUAACUUAACAAUUUUAUUUGUAUUUAUGGAUGGAAUACAAGUUUGUUAUUAAGGCACGUGAAAGUUCACUUGUUCCAGAAGGCAUUUCCGCCAAAAAAUGCAUUUUGAUAAAAAAUAAAUGUUUAUGUUCGCCGCUCCUGUGAAGUGGUAACGUGCGACAUACGCCUAAUUUCCCGGAACAAGUCACAUACGCACAAAAAGCUUUUUUCUCUCAAAGUUUGUGCACAAAUUUGUUUACAUCCCUGUUAGUGAGCAUUUAUCAUUUGCCAAGAUAAUCCAUCCACCUGAAAAGUGUGGCAUAUCAAGAAGUUGAUUUAAACAGCAUGGUCAUUACACAGGUGCACCUUGUGCUGGGGACAAUAAAAGGCCACUCUAAAAUGUGAAGUUUUGUCACACAACACAAUGCCAUAGAUGUUUCAAGUUUUGAGGGAGUGUGCAAUUGGCAUGCUGACUGCAGGAAUGUCCACCAGAGAUGUUGCCAGAUAAUUUUUCUACAAUAAGCUGCCUCCAGCGUUGUUUUAGAUAAUUUGGCAGUACAUCCAACUGGCCUCACAACUGCAGACCACGUGUAGCCAAGGACCUCCACAUCCAUCAUCUGAGACCAGCCACCCGGACAGCUGAUGAAACUGAAUAAUUGCUGCCCCAACUGUCAGAAACCGUCUCAGGGAAGCUCAUCUGCAUGCUCAUCGUCCUCACCAGGGUCUUGACCUGACUGCGGUUCAGUGUCUUAACUGACAUCGGUGAGAAAAUGCUCACCUUCGAUAGCCACUGGCACGCUGGAGAAGUGUGCUCUUCACGGAUAAAUCCCGGUUUUAACUAUACUUGUCAAAUAGCCCCUGUGGGCAAAUGGUUUGCUGAUGUCAAUGUUGUGAACAAAGUACCCCAUGGUGGCGGUGGGGUUAUGGUAUGGAUAGGCAUUUUAUUGAUGGCAAUUUGAAUGCAUAGAGAUACCGGGAUGAUAAUGCAUGGCCCCAUGUCGCAAGGAUCUGUAAACAAUUCCUGGAAGCUGAAAAUGUCCUAGUUCUUCCGUGGCCUGCAUACUCACCAGACAUGUCACCAAUUGAGCAUGUUUGGGAUGCUCUGGAUCGAUGUGUACGACAGCGUGUUCCAGUUCCCGCCAAUAUCCAACAACUUUGCACAGCCAUUGAAGAGGAGUGGGACAACAUUCCACAUGCCACAAUCAACAGCCUGAUCGAAUCUAUGCGAAGGAGAUGUUGCGCUGCAUGAGGCAGAUGGUGGUCACACCAGAUAGCGACUGGUUUUCUGAUCCACACCCCUACCUUUUUUUUUAAGGUAUCUGUGACCAACAGAUGCAUAUCUGUAUUCCCAGUCAAUCCUAAUGAAUGUAUUUAAAUUGACUAAUGUCCCUAUAUGAACUGUAACUUAGUAAAAUCUUUGAAAUUGGUGAAUGUUUAUAUUUUUGUUCAGUAUAUUAUGGGGUUGUCAGAUUCUUCUAUUCAUUACUUGUUUAGUUUGCAGAGGAAAAGGAAAUGUGGACUGUUCCAGCAUCUUCAAAGUGCGCCUCGGCAGAAAUAUUUUUUAAUGUUCCAUAUUUUUUUACUGUGUUGUAUGCUCGUGCACUUUUGCUUGUGAUUGACAAUAUACUGUCCAGUGUAGCGUAGCUAGCUUUUACCAUAACUUUGUCUCUGUGUACCAUGUAGUGCAUCUUAACCCUUUCAAAUACACCCACCCAAAGAUGGAUUAACCCUUCGUGGUCCUUCCCUCAGGCUCUGGUGUCAAGGGGCUGCAUUUUGUGUUUUAUUAAGUGCCUGAGUCAUAUUCUGAUUUAUGGAGACUAGCUUGACUGGGUUGAAUAUGUUCCCUCUUGUCAUUUUGGUGAACAGGCUUUAGGGAUAUGUCUUGGUUUUGUGUGUGUAGGCUGUUUUGUCUAGAUGGGAGGCUGUCCAAGGCAAUUAGUGAAUAAAAAUACUUGUUUCAGGUAAUGGACAUGUGGAAACACACACACUUCACUCCACUUCUCCCCAUCCUUCUCCAGAUGCCCAUUGCUAGUGAGUCAUGGAAGGUUCCGGUAAAGCAGCUUUCCGUCUUUCUCUCCUUUUCCCUCUCUCUCCACCAGGCCGCGGGUUGGCCGAGAGGGCUUUGUUAACUGAAUUGAUACCCAGCUGGCUUUCCUUCCUCUUUCUCUUCUUCUCCUCCCCAUGCCUUUCUCCCCCUGCCCUUCUUCCUGCUUUGAGGUAGAGACCCUUUGAUUAAGCGAGAGAAAAGCAGAGUGAAGGAGGAGGGGUGGGGGGGGGAGAGAAGAGGGAGGAUAUUGAUGUGUAGAUUUACUGUACUCGUCUACUGUAGCGCUUGGUAAGGGAUUGAUUGGAAGUAAGAGGGAGAGGGGAGAGGGAGAAUAAAGGGAUAUCGACGCAAAGCAAGCCGUGCUGCAUCAAUUUACACAGAUGGAGAGAAAAGUAAAGGGAGAGAGAGGAAGAGUUAUCUGUUCUCUUCUGUCUCUUCUCUGGAUCAAUCAGAUGAUGGAUCAAUCAGAUGAUGCAGUGAUAAGAAUUUGGAUUACACCACCAUUUACACAAUCGCUCUGUGUGCGUGUGUGUGUGUGUUGCCAGUGUUAAACACACACUGACGCCACUUCAAUUCUAGCCUUCCUCGGCUAGUGGCCUCGUAGGGUGUGUGUUGCACACACACACCGUCAUGGGUGUGUCAUGCCUGAUUUGAGAGAGGCUUACUUGAUAUGCGUAGUAAGGUUGGUGACCUCUGCCCUCUAGGCUGAAUGCUUUAAUGUGUCAGUGGUUCAGCCUAUCUCCACAAGCAACCCAAGUAGCAGGUUGGAAUUAGAACCCUGACUGAGUGGAUUAGAGAAUCAGUUGAAGAGAUACACACAAUAUUUGAAUAUACACACGCACAGACACACGCACGAAAACACUACUAUGCAGAUAUGCAGACACACACACAACUGAACCAAAAACAUUAUCCCUUUCCUCUGUCUUUCUGUCACACAACCUCUGGUUAUACUGAUGCUGUUAGUUUAUGUAUACACAAAUAGACACUGUUAUAUCACUGUUACAACUCUAAACUCUUUCUCUCACUCUCUUUCUCUCGCUCUCUUUCUCUCGCUCUCUCUUUCUCUCUCGCUCUCUCUCUCCUCUAUCUUUCUUUCUCUCUCCCCUCUUUCUUUCUUUCUUUCUUUCUUUCUCCCUCCCUCCCUCACUCCCUCCCCCCCUUCUCUCUCUCUCUCCCCCCCUUCUCUCUCAAUUCAAUUCAAUUCAAUUCAAAGGGCUUUGUUGGCAUGGGAAAAUAUGUUUACAUUGCAAAAGCAAGUGAAAUAGACAAUAAAAGAAGUGAAAUAAACAAAAAAUGAACAGUGAACAUUACACUCACAAAAGUUUGAAAGAUAUAUUUCAAAUGUCAUUAUGGCUAUGUACAGUCGUGGUCAAAAGUUUUGAGAAUGAAACAAAUACUAAUUUUCACAAAGUCUACUGCCUCAGUUUUGAUGAUGGCAAUUUGCAUAUACUCCAGAAUGUCAUGAGUGAUCAGAUGAAUUGCAAUUAAUUGCAAAGUCCCUCUUUGCCAUGAAAAUGAACUUAAUCCCAAAAAAACAUUUCCACCGCAUUUCAGCCCUGCGACAAAAGGACCAGCUGCCAUCAUGUCAGUGAUUCUCUCGUUAACACAGGUGAUAGUGUUGAUGAGGACAAGGCUGGAGAUCACUCUGUUAUGCUGAUUGAGUUAGAAUAACAGACUGGAAGCUUUAAAAGGAGGGUGGUUCUUGAAAUCAUUGUUCUUCCUCUGUUAACCAUGGUUACCUGCAAGGAAACACGUGCCAUCAUCAUUGCUUUGCACAAAAAGGGCUUCACAGGCAAGGAUAUUGCUGCUAGUAAGAUUGCACCUAAAUCAACCAUUUACGGAUCUUCAAGAACUUCAAGGAGAGAGGUUCAAUUGUUGUGAAGAAGGCAUUAGGGCGCCCAAAAAAAGUCCAGCAAGCGCUAGGACCGUCUCCUAAAGUUGAUUCAGCUGCGGGAUCAGGGCACCACCAGUGCAGAGCUUGCUCAGGAAUGGCAGCAGGCAGGUGUGAGUGCAUCUGCACACACAGUGAGGCGAAGACUUUUGGAGGAUGGCCUGGUGUCAAGAAGGGCAGCAAAGAAGCCACUUCUCUCCAGGAAAAACAUCCGGGACAGACUGAUAUUCUGCAAAAGGGACAGGGAUUGGACUGCUGAGGACUGGGGUAAAGUCAUUUUCUCUGAUGAAUCCCCUUUCCGAUUGUUUGGGGCAUCCAGAAAACACCUUGUCCGGAGAAGACAAGGUGAGCGCUACCAUCAGUCCUGUGUCAUGCCAACAGUAAAGCAUCCUGAGACCAUUCAUAUGUAUGGUUGCUUCUCAGCCAAUGGAGUGGGCUCACUCACAUUUUUGCCUAAGAACACAGCCAUGAAUAAAGAAUGGUACCAACACAUCCUCCGAGAGCAACUUCUCCCAACCAUCCAAGAACAGUUUGGUGACGACCAAUGCCUUUUCCAGCAUGAUGGAGCACCUUGCCAUAAGGCAAAAGUGAUAACUAAGUGGCUCUGGAAAGAAAACAUCAACAUUUUGGGUCCAUGGCCAGGAAACUCCCCAGACUUUAAUCCCAUUGAGAACUUGUGGUCGAUCCUCAAGAGGCGGGUGGACAAACAAAAACCCACAAAUUCUGACAAACUCCAAGCAUUGAUUAUGCAAGAAUGGGCUGACAUCAGUCAGGAUGUGGCCCAGAAGUUAAUUGACAGCAUGCUAGGGUGGAUUGCAGAGGUUGAAAAAGAAGGGUCAACACUGCAAGUAUUGAAUCUUUGCAUAAACUUAAUGCAAUUGUCAGUAAAAUCCUUUGACACUUAUGGAAUGCUUGUAAUUAUACUUCAGUAUACCAUAGUAACAUCUGACAAAAAUGUCUCAUAACACUGAAGCAGCGAACUUUGUGAAGACCAAUACUUGUCAUUCAACUUUUGACCACGACUGUAGUGUUGUUACGAUGUGCAAAUAGUUAAAGUACAAAAGGGUUGUAUUUACAAUGGUGUUUGUUCUUCACUGGUUACCCUUUUCUUGUGGCAACAGGUCACAAAUCUUGCUGCUGUGAUGACACACUGUGGUAUUUCACCCAAUAGAUAUGGGUGUUGAUCAAAAUUGGAUUUGUUUUCAAAUUCUUUGUGGGUCUGUGUAAUCUGAGGGAAACAUGUGUCUCUAAUAUGGUCAUACAUUUGGCAGGAAGUUAGGAAGUGCAGCGCAGGUUCCACUUCAUUUUGAGGGCGGUGUGCACGUUGCCUGUCUUCUCUUGAGAGCCAGGUCUGCCUACGGCAGCCUUUCUCAAUAGCAAGGCUAUGCUCACUGAGUCUGUACAUGGUCAAAGCUUUCCUUAAUUUUGGGCCAGUCACAGUGGUCAGGUAUUCUGCCACUGUGUACUCUCUGUUUAGGGCCAAAUAGCAUUCCAGUUUGCUCAGUUUUUUGGUUAAUUCUUUCCAAUGUGUAAUUCUUUCCAAUCUCUCUCGCUCUCGCUCAGCCUCUCCAGAUCGAUGACAACUUCUGCGGCCAGGACUUUAACCAGCCUCUGGGCGGGACCAGCACCAUAGAAGGAAUACCGCUCUUCAUCGACAAGGACGACGGCAUGACCUCGGUGGCCGCCUACGAUUACCGCGGCAACACUGUGGCCUUUGUUGGCACGCGCAACGGCAGGAUGAAGAAGGUAAGAAUUAUUUUUCUGGCGAAGGAGAACGCAUGAUGUUCUAGCUGGGUUGUUGUUCAUGUCAGUUGUUUUUUUCUGUGGGAUUUCCGCCAUUUUGUUUUCACCUGCUUUAUUGUGGAUGGUGCUGCUGACUUGUGUGUAGGCCAGGCCUACUAUCUGAACUGCAGUUGGAAAGGGAUGCACAUCUCAAGCCUACUGCAUUAGCCUAUGCUCUAUGAACCUUGAGGCAUUCCCAGUCUUGGCACAUUCACAUUUUAUCGUAGUUCAUUUUUGUAAACAGGAAGUUGCCCCACUGUGUAUGGUUAGUUAUUAUCAUAAUUCUGAUUCCUCCUAAAUUUCAUGGCUUUGUCCUAUGGCUGGGCGAUAUAUCAAAUUAAUUAGAUUAAUUCAAAUGUAUGUUUUUGCGCGAUAUUCCAAAUGCCUGUAUACUUUUUAUGAGCGUUUAUGUCCGCUUGUUGUCUUUUUGGUCUCGUCUCUUUCGCUCCUCUGUGCUGUGUGAACCAUCCCAUUUACACCAGAGAUCUGUAUGUAAUGAAGAGAUGCACAUCUCUGCCUUAACAAUGGGAGUUGUUGUCCCAAAGGCGGGAAGGUAGGCGACAAGUUUAGGUCCAAAAUAAGCCCUUAGAAACGCAUUGGGCUUAUUUUGGACAGAUUUUAGCGAGAGUGAAACCUUUCGCUUCUUCCUCUAUGGUUUACACACACACCAAGCCCCUCCCCCUGCCACUCACACCAUCAAAGUUGAGAGAUCACAUCUUCCUCUCUGACAAGCGGUUUCAACUCGCUAUUUGCAUUUGAGGGUUGGUCCAACAGAAUCGGUCAUAUGCACACCAAAACACAUUGAGACAUUAUUUUACUGUAAUAGAGAACUUUUCUAACAAUACCCUUUUUAUGUCUCAAAUACUCAAAUUGCAAGGAGAGCAGACAUGAGAGUAUGAAUGAACAUUGAUUCUGGAAAAUGAAUGCUCAGCUUGUUGCGCACAAUUGGGGUACCACGUAGCGCUAGCAGCAUUUUAGCCAAAGACUGGUAUACUAGCUGUCUAGUCCUCUAUUUUAUAAAUCUGUAAUAAGUAUAAAACACAAUUAUAUCAAAUCAAAUCAAAUUUUAUUGGUCACAUGCGCCGAAUACAACAGGUGCAGACAUUACAGUGAAAUGCUUACUUAAAGCCCUUAACCAACAGUGCAUUUAUUUUAAACAAAAAAAGUAAGAAUAAAACAACAACAAAAAAAAGUGUUGAGAAAAAAAAGAGCAGAAGUAAAAUAAAGUGACAGUAGGGAGGCUAUAUAUACAGGGGGGUACCGUUGCAGAGUCAAUGUGCGGGGGCACCGGCUAGUUGAGGUAGUUGAGGUAAUAUGUACAUGUGGGUAGAGUUAAAGUGACUAUGCAUAAAUACUUAACAGAGUAGCAGCAGCGUAAAAAGGAUGGGGUGGGGGGGCAGUGCAAAUAGUCCGGGUAGCCAUGAUUAGCUGUUCAGGAGUCUUAUGGCUUGGGGGUAGAAGCUGUUGAGAAGUCUUUGGGACCUAGACUUGGCACUCCGGUACCGCUUGCCGUGCGGUAGCAGAGAGAACAGUCUAUGACUGGGGUGGCUGGAGUCUUUGACAAUUUUGAGGGCCUUCCUCUGACACCGCCUGGUAUAGAGGUCCUGGAUGGCAGGAAGCUUUGCCCCAGUGAUGUACUGGGCCGUACGCACUACCCUCUGUAGUGCCUUGCGGUCGGAGGCCAAGCAGUUGCCAUACCAGGCGGUGAUGCAACCAGUCAGGAUGCUCUCGAUGGUGCAGCUGUAGAAUUUUUUGAGGAUCUGAGGACCCAUGCCAAAUCUUUUUAGUCUCCUGAGGGGGAAUAGGCUUUGUCGUGCCCUCUUCACGACUGUCUUGGUGUGUUUGGACCAUGAUAGUUCGUUGGUGAUGUGGACACCAAGGAACUUGAAGCUCUCAACCUGUUCCACUACAGCCCCGUCGAUGAGAAUGGGGGCGUGCUCAGUCCUAUUUUUUUUCCUGUAGUCCACAAUCAUCUCCUUUUGUCUUGGUCACGUUGAGGGAGAGGUUGUUGUCCUGGCACCACACGGCCAGAUAUCUGACCACCUCCCUAUAGGCUGUCUCAUCGUUGUCGGUGAUCAGGCCUACCACUGUUGUGUCGUCGGCAAACUUAAUGAUGGUGUUGGAGUCGUGCCUGGCCAUGCAGUCAUGGGUGAACAGAGAGUACAGGAGGGGACUGAGCACGCACCCCUGAGGGGUCCCCGUGUUGAGGAUCAGUGUGGCAGAUGUGUUGUUACCUACCCUUACCACCUGGGGGCGGCCCGUCAGGAAGUCCAGGAUCCAGUUGCAGAGGGAGGUGUUUAGUCCCAGGAUCCUUAGCUUAGUGAUGAGCUUAGAGGGCACUAUGGUGUUGAAUGCUGAGCUGUAGUCAAUGAAUAGCAUUCUCUAUAAGUAAUUGGCAACUCGUUCUCAUUCUGAGAAAUAAGGUAGGCCACUUGAUUUCAACAUCUGAACAAAGUGGACAGGCUAACAUGCUUUUCAAACAGUUGGAGACAGACAGAAGGGUGUGUUCAUAACAAUUAAACUGUUCAACCUUCUUAGCUAGCAAAUAGAUCCAAGUUGACUAAACUUGAAAUAUAAAGAUAAGCUGGCUAAUCACAAGCAUGUGGGCUUGAGAGAUUGUUGAUGAGACCUGUGUUAAUUUUCUAUAGCCUAAUGCCUUCUACAAGAAGUUAGUCAUGAUUAGUGAAUGUGCAUUAUGCUUGGUUCUAGUUAAAUGUAACAAAAAAGGGCAUUUUCAUAGACGUGAAAUCCAGAUCAGUGAUUAUUGCAAAAAAAUAAGUUGGUUAAACUAUUUUGAUUAAAUAAUUUUUUUUAAAGUAAUUUGUGGAAUUUAUUUCCUUCUUACUCUGUAUAAGAGCAUCUACUAAAGGACUAAAAUAGAAAUGUGUCAUCUCCCAGAUCAACUAGGCCUAACUCAUCAUUCUUGGAAAGAGGGGGUGGAUGGAGGAAGAGAUAGUGAUGGAGGGAGGAUGAGAGAGCGAGGGGGAGAGAGCAUGAAAGGGAUCGCGAAAGGAAGAGGGAGAGAAGUGGAUUAGUAACGUGUGGUGGAACCUCUUUUUGAUGGAUUAGGUUGUACAGACAGAAGGGAGAUGUGUGUGUGAAAGCUCUACAAGCGGAGAGGGAUUCUGCUGUAUGGUCUUGCCUCUUCUGAGUAUUGAGACCCUAUUCCCCUGUGAGUUUGGGAGAGAUGGAGUGAGACUGAGAGAAAAAGAGGGGUGGAAAUGGAAAGAGGGAGAGAUGGUAAGAAAAGCUGUUGGAUGGAUGAGUGGGUCUUUGGGGACCAAGCUCCCUGGAGCGUUUCCCUCUCUUAGCUGUAGAGACAGAGAAUGAAAGAGUGAGUGAAAGAUAGUUAGAGAAAGUUAGAAGAGGGAGGGGUAAUAGAAAAGGCAGUGACAGUGCAUGUUUGAUGGUCUAUCGGUGACAUCAAUUGUCAGUCUUAUGUAUGUUCCAUGAUCUCCAUCAUUUCCCUUUAACACACAGCCCUCUCUUUCUCUGAAGGAUUCUGUUGCUAAUUAGUUGAAUAUCAAAUCCCUUUUUACUUCCUCCCCCUCUCCUUCCCCUGUCUCCUUCCCCUGUCUCCUUCCCCUGUCUCCUUCCCCUGUCUCCUUCCCCUGUCUCCUUCCCCUGUCUCCUUCCCCUGUCUCCUUCCCCUGUCUCCAGCUUCCCCUGUCUCCUUCCCCUGUCUCCUUCCCCUGUCUCCUUCCCCUGUCCCCUCCUUCCCCUGUCUCCAUUCCCUCUUUCCCUUGCUCUCCUUUCCCUUCUCUCUCCCCAUCUUCUCUCCUCUCCCCAUCCACUUCUCUCUCCUCUCCCCCCCCCCCAUCCUCUCUCACACUCUCAUCCCUAUCUCUCUCUCCUCCCCAUCUCUCCUCUUUCCCCAUCUCUCUCCUCCCCCCUCCUCUCUCUCUCCCCCAUUCUCUUUUAUCUCCCCCCAUUCUAGCGUGUAAUCCUCCCCAUCCUCUCUGUUCUCCCUCCUGUCUCUCCUCUCUCUCUCCCCAUCUCUCUCCUCUCCUCUCUCUCUCUCUCUCUCUCUCUCCUCUCCUCGUCUCUCUCUCUCUCCUCUCCUCUCUCUCUCUCUCUCUCUUCUCCCCCCCUCACUCUCCCCAUCAACAUUUCCCCUCCACCCUUGCGAUACCAUAGCGUUAGCAUUCUUUAGCUGUUCUUCACCAGAGGGGGUACAAUGCUCCCAUCUGCUCUCUGUUCCAGAGGUGCCCGCCUGCCCAGUGCCAUGAGUGCCAGGCAUGCCAGACACAGGUAGUCCUACUGAGGGGUUGCCCACAUGCCCCACCACCCCUCAGAGGUUCCUCUGACUCUGAACAUAGAACACUAUAUGAUUUAUUGGACAAGUGGAGGUGAAUCUUGUUGUUUUCAUGAUAGCCUAUGUCAUGAAGUCCAAAAAAUUUUUUUUUGGGGGGGGGGAAAAAAAGGGGGAAAAAAAAAAAAGGUUAAAGGGGGGAAAAUUGAAAAAUGGUUUUUUUUGGUUUUCCCCCCCAAUUUUUUUUUUUUUUCCCUUUUUUUAAAAAAAAAAAAAAGGAAAAAAAAACCCCCCCAAAAAACCCCCCCCCCCCCCGGGCCCCCGGGGGCCCCCCCGGGGGGGGGGGUUUUUGGGGGGGGGGGGGGCCCCCCCCCCCCCCCCCCCCCCCCCGGGGGGGGGGGGCCCCCCCCCCCCCCCCCCCCCCAAAAAAAAAAAAGGGGGGGGGGGGGAAAAAAAAAAAAAAAAAGGGGGGCCCCCCCCCCCGGGGGGGGGGGGGGGGAAACCCCCCCAAAAAAAUUUUUUUUUUCCCCCCCCCCCCUCCCCCCCCCUUUUUUCCCCCCCCCCCCCCCCGGGUUUUUUUUCCCCCCAAAAUUUUCCCCCCCCCCUCUCUUUCCCCUUUUUUUCCCCCCUUUGGGGGGGUUUCCCCCCCUUUUUUUCCCUUUUUGGCCCCCCCCCCUCAAUUUUUCCCCCCCCUGGCCCCCCCCAAAAAAAAUUUUUGGGGGGGGAAAACGUUUUUUUUUUUUAUUUUUAAAAAAGGGGAAAAAAUUUCCCGGGAGGGUUUCCCCCCCCCCCCAAAAGAAAAAGGCAAAACCCCCGGUUUUUUCCUUUUUUUUUUUUUUGUUCCCCCCCCUUGGGGGGGGUCCAAAACCCCCCGGGGGGUUUUAAAAGGGGGGGAAUUUUUUUUUUUUUUAAAGGGAAAAAAAAAGGGGGGGUUUUAAAAUUUUUUUUCCUUUCUUUUGGGUUUUUGGGGGGGAAAAAAACCCCCCCAAAAAACCCCCCCCCCCUUUUUUUCCCCCCUUUUUUUUUUCUUUUUUUCCCUUUUCCCUUUUUUUUUUCCCCCUUUUUUUUAAAAAUUUUUUAAAAAAAAACAAUUUUAAAAAAAAAAAAGGGGGGGGGCAAGGGGGGGGAAAAAAGGAAAUUUUGGUUUAAAAAAGGGGUGGGAAAACCCCCUAAAACCCCCCCCCCCCCCCCCCCCCCCCCCCGGGGCCCCCCCUUUUUUUCUUUUUUUCCCCCCUUUUUCCUUUUCCCCCUUUUUUUCCCCCCCCCCCUUUUUCCCUUUUCCCCCCCGGGCCUUUUUUUUUUCCUUUUUUUUUUCCCGGGGGGGUUUUUUUGGGGGGGGGGAAAAUUUGGGGGGGGGGGGGAACUGGAAAAGGGGCCCCCCCAAAAGGGGGGGAAAAAAAAAAGGGGGGAAAAAAGCCCAAAACCGUGGGCCCUUUUAAAAAAAGGGGGGGUUUUUUUUUUUGGGGGGGGGAAAGGGUUUUUUUGGGGGAAAAAUUUUUUUUUUCCCCCCCUUUUUCCUUUUCCCCCCCUUUUCCCCCCCCUUAAAAAUUUUUUCCCCCCUUUUUUUUUUUUUUUUUUUUCCCCCCCCUUUUUUCCUUUUUCCCCAAAAGGGGGUUUUUUUUUGGGGGGGGUUUUAAAAAGGGGGGGUUUCCCCCCGGGGGGGGGCCCCCCCCCCUUUUAAAAACCCCCCCCAAAAAAAAAAGGGGGGGGGGCUGGGCAAUCUGUGGUUGUGUGUAAGCGUACAGUGUGUCUUUCUGUGUGUCAGAGACUUGGCAGACUGACAGCAAACACCCCAACUAAACACCCCCCCCCCCCCUCUCUCUUCUAUCUUUCUAUCUCUCUCUUUCUUCUAUCUCUUCUCUCUCUUCUCUCUCUCUCUCUCUCUCUCUCUUCUUUUUAAGGAUAAGCUGCAGAUAGGACCCCAACCUCAUAUGAUAGCAGGAUGGAAAAAGGGAUAGAGGGAGGGAGAGAUCAAGAGCGCUAAGGACAGUGGGACGGAUAGACAGACAGAGGGAUUGAUGGAUUCGAAAAAGAGAGAGAUGGAGAGAGACAGAUAGGAGUAUAGUAGAAGGAUUGUGUGUGUGGACUGACCAGUCAUUUUCUCCUGGGUGGACUGACCAGUCAUUUUCUCCUGGGUGGACUGUCCAGUCCUUUUCUCCUGGGUGGACUGUCCAGUCCUUUUCUCCUGGGUGGACUGUCCAGUCCUUUUCUCCUGGGUGGACUGUCCAGUCCUUUUCUCCUGGGUGGACUGUACUUUUCUCCUGGGUGGAGGAGGCGUACUGAGAGAGCGGUCUGCUGGCCAGCCUGGCAAACAGACGGGACCCAGACCAGACCCAAUGACAUUGAUAACACGCACACACUGUCAAAGGCAGACACACACAUCUGUAGUCCAUCUGUGUAUAGGGAGGGUCAUUUAAACAUGUUGUUUUGGGAGUGAAUGGGUUUACUGUCAUCCUGAUUUACUUAAAGUACUCAGCUUCCCAUCUCUCUCUUUCUUUCCCUCUCUCCCUCCCUCCCUCCCUCCCCCUCUCCCCUUCCAUCUAUCUCAAUAGCUGACUCUCACUCUCUCACCUGUAAUGUAUAUUAACAUAUGGCAUGGUAUGGUACAGCCCACAAACUUUUAGAUUCAUUUCACAGAAAACGUGGUUAAAGUCUGUGUAUAUGUGAGUGUGUGUGUGUAUGUGUGUGUGUGUUCCUCAAUUGGCAGUGUGUGAGCAGAGGCAUGAGUUGUUGCAGCACAGUUCAAGAGGUGUGGUCCUCUGUAGCUCAAUUGGUAGAGCAUGGCGCUUGUAACGCCAGGGUAGUGGGUUCGAUCCCCGGGACCACCCAUACGUAAAAAUGUAUGCACACAUGACUGUAAGUCGCGUUGGAUAAAAGCGUCUGCUAAAUGGCAUAUUAUUAUAUUAUAUUAAGAGGAGAGACUGAGAAAGAGCGAGGGAUGGACAGAUGAGAAGUCAGGAUCAACUGCAGUUGAUCCUGAGUCAAUCAGUUUUGCUGGCCAAAUUAUCAGGAAGUAUUAUAUUAUAGUUUUGUUGUUAAGAUUAUUAGUAUUGUGUUAGUGUGAUACAAGUGAUGAAAUAAAUAAAGUGAUUCCCAUUACAGGGUCAAACCUGUAGCACUAGGCUGGCCUGCUUAUGCUGACACAAUUUUUCUGGAAUGUUCCUGCAACCAAAGUUGCUAGAACUGUGCUGGAAUGGACUAUGUGAUAAAGAAAAUAUUCCAGCCAGCACAGUGCAGUUUGGGUCUGCCCUGUAGUGUAAAUCAGGCACCGUGUUGGUCUCACCCAGAUACAGGCUGAGAUAGAACCCAGCUAGGAAGUGAAGCGUGGCCAAUCUCCUAUGUUUCACACUGCUAAUGCUCCAAGCCAUCACAGCUGCACUCCAGGAACUGUGUGUGUGUGUGUAUGUGUUUGUGUGUGAGUCUGUCUGUGUGUGUACCUGCGUUUGUCUGCUUCUGUGUGUGUCAGUGAAGCAUGUGGCUUUUAAUUAGCUCAAAUCAAUAAUGCCCAAGUAUGCUACAGUCUCCCUAUCUGUUGGCUUGUUAGCCUGCCUGUCUUCUUUUUUCUGAACGUAACAAAGAAUGGAAGAUGGAACAUUGUUCCCUGAAGGCGACAUAAGAAGAGAGAUCUUAUGGCUUGUUUCACACACAUAUGUACACACACACACACACACACCUUAAGCACUGUGGUAGAUUUUCUCACACCGUGAGAACUGCUGUGUAUGUGCAUGUACAGUGGGGAAAAAAAGUAUUUAGUCAGCCACCAAUUGUGCAAGUUCUCCCACUUAAAAAGAUGAGAGAGGCCUGUAAUUUUCAUCAUAGGUACACGUCAACUAUGACAGACAAAAUGAGGAAAAAAAAUGAUUUUAUUUGCAAAUUAUGGUGGAAAAUAAGUAUUUGGUCAAUAACAAAAGUUUCUCAAUACUUUGUUAUAUACCCUUUGUUGGCAAUGACACAGGUCAAACGUUUUCUGUAAGUUUUCACAAGGUUUUCACACACUGUUGCUGGUAUUUUGGCCCAUUCCUCCAUGCAGAUCUCCUCUAGAGCAGUGAUGUUUUGGGGCUGUCACUGGGCAACACGGACUUUCAACUCCCUCCAAAGAUUUUCUAUGGGGUUGAGAUCUGGAGACUGGCUAGGCCACUCCAGGACCUUGAAAUGCUUCUUACGAAGCCACUCCUUCGUUGCCCGGGCGGUGUGUUUGGGAUCAUUGUCAUGCUGAAAGACCCAGCCACGUUUCAUCUUUAAUGCCCUUGCUGAAGGAAGGAGGUUUUCACUCAAAAUCUCACGAUACAUGGCCCCAUUCAUUCUUUCCUUUACACGGAUCAGUCGUCCUGGUCCCUUUGCAGAAAAACAGCCCCAAAGCAUGAUGUUUCCACCCCCAUGCUUCACAGUAGGUAUGGUGUUCUUUGGAUGCAACUCAGCAUUCUUUGUCCUCCAAACACGAUGAGUUGAGUUUUUACCAAAAAGUUAUAUUUUGGUUUCAUCUGACCAUAUGACAUUCUCCCAAUCCUCUUCUCGAUCAUCCAAAUGCACUCUAGCAAACUUCAGACGGGCCUGGACAUGUACUGGCUUAAGCAGGGGGACACGUCUGGCACUGCAGGAUUUGAGUCCCUGGCGGCGUAGUGUGUUACUGAUGGUAGGCUUUGUUACUUUGGUCCCAGCUCUCUGCAGGUCAUUCACUAGGUCCCCCCGUGUGGUUCUGGGAUUUUUGCUCACCGUUCUUGUGAUCAUUUUGACCCCACGGGGUGAGAUCUUGCGUGGAGCCCCAGAUCGAGGGAGAUUAUCAGUGGUCUUGUAUGUCUUCCAUUUCCUAAUAAUUGCUCCCACAGUUGAUUUCUUCAAACCAAGCUGCUUACCUAUUACAGAUUCAGUCUUCCCAGCCUGGUGCAGGUCUACAAUUUUGUUUCUGGUGUCCUUUGACAGCUCUUUGGUCUUGGCCAUAGUGGAGAUUGGAGUGUGACUGUUUGAGGUUGUGGACAGGUGUCUUUUAUACUGAUAACAAGUUCAAACAGGUGCCAUUAAUACAGGUAACGAGUGGAGGACAGAGGAGCCUCUUAAAGAAGAAGUUACAGGUCUGUGAGAGCCAGAAAUCUUGCUUGUUUGUAGGUGACCAAAUACUUAUUUUCCACCAUAAUUUGCAAAUAAAUUUAUAAAAAAUCCUACAAUGUGAUUUUCUGUAAAGAAAAUUCUCAAUUUGUCUGUCAUAGUUGACCUGUACCUUUGAUGAAAAUUACAGGCCUCUCUCAUCUUUUUAAGUGGGAGAACUUGCACAAUUGGUGGCUGACUAAAUACUUUUUUUCCCCACUGUAUCUGCUCAUAUUUGUGUGUGUGUCUGUGUGUGCGUGCCUCCACUAUAUGCUGGACGGUGCCUCUGCUCACACCAACUCAUUGAUGACCCUAGCUUAGCACCACACAGAAAUAGCCUAUUCUUAAGAGGAGUGAAAGGCUUAAAUAUUUUUGAGUGACUCUUCUCUUCUCUUGUUCUCUUUCUCUCUUCCCUUGGGUCUGGCUCCAGUGCUUUCUCUGAAGAAAUAGGAUGGCUUUUUACUCUCUCUCACUCUCUUUCUCUCGCACUCUCUCUCACUCUCUUUCUCUCGCACUCUCUCUGUCUCUCUGUCUCUCUCUCUCUCUCUCUAUCUCUCUCGCUCUCUCUCGCUCUCUCUCUCUCUCUCUCGCGCUCUCACGCUCUCUCGCGCUCUCUCUCUCUCGCUCACUCGCGCUCUCUCUCUCUCUCGCUCACUCUCUCUCUCGCUCACUCUUGCUCUCGCUCUCUCUCUCACUUUCGCUCUCGCUGUCUCUCUCACUCGUUCUCGCUCUCUCUCUCACUCGCGCUCUCUCUCUCUCGCUCGCCUCGCGCUCGCUCUCGCGCUCUCUCUCUCGCGCUCUCUCUCUCUCUCGCGUUCUCUCUCUCUCGCGCUCUCUCUCUCUCGCGCUCUCUCACUCUCUCGCUCUCGCUCUCUCCUCUGAUCAAAGAAUUCUCUGUAUCAGAUAAUAGGCAAAGAGAGAGCAGAGUGGCUACAGCAAUGAGAUGCAGCUCGCACCCUCAAUUUUCCUCUCAGUUUAAUUAAGGACAAGGCUGUCUGACACAAAGCUAGGCACAUGCAUACACACUCGCACACAAAGACACAUACAGGCACGCACAUAGGUGUGCACAUGCAGGCAUACACACGCAGACAUGCACGCAUACAGAGGGGUGUAAACACACAGAGAGGCAAGUAGCACAGCGGUGUGUGUGGGACACACACACACACACACACACAAAUAGUGCUAGGCCCAGUGUUAGGUACGAGUGGUUGGAGACAGUAAUGAGGGCUCUCUUAACAGACUUUUACAGUACUGGUCUUGAUAGUUAAGGACGUUGGAAGCCCUUUUUAAACCACUGUCUCACACCCCCUCGUAUGUCACACUAAUACAACCCUACCUUCCAGACCGUAACCAUUAGUCAUUCGAUGGAGGCGAACAUAGGUCUAGAUUUAACGCUUUUUGGUUGCUAGCUGUGACACUCGUUUAGCGUAGCAGCAGUGUGUGACGGCUAUGAUAGCUACUCAUUUCAGAGCACAGUACAAAUCAAAUGAAAUUGUAUUUGCCAUGUGCGCCGAAUACAACAGGUGUAGACCUUACAGUGAAAUGCUUACUUACAAGCCCUUAACCAACAAUGCAGCAAGGGGUUAAUUUAGCAAAUUGAAGAGAGGGAAAGAAGGAGAAAGAGAGAGGAAUGAAUAAUGGAUGUUUUUGCUGGAAUACAUUUUUCAAAAGAGGAUUAGAUGAGUCUCAAAGCUAGAUUGGCACAUAUCGGUUUGGGCCAAUGAUAAGGAACAUGUUUUUUGUUAUUUUUUGUUAUUGUAGCUUGAAAUUAUUGAAUUGUACAACAAGGUCAAAGAUUUGUUUUAAAACUUAUUUAUUUGUCUGUGAAUGGCCCAAACAAUAUUUUUAAUAGCCCAUUUUUUUGUUUGUUUUAAAAGUCUCUUUAAAGUGUCUUUGUUCCGUUUGAUGCGCUUGGCAUUGCUUUGGUGUAACAUUGGAUUUUUUACGUUGGGCAUUUUAUUGGCACACUUAAAGGUCUUGUGGUGCUCUGAGUACAGUAGUAGACUUACUGACCUGCCGUACCUUUGAUCGGUGCCAACUAGAACAGUGACACACAUACCUAGAGAUGACAGAGUGCCAGGCACACACACACACACACACACACAUAUAUAUACACACACCACACACACAUAUACACACACACACACACACACACACACACACACACACACACACACACAGACACACACACACACUCACCUUUUGGUCCACUGUUACUUGGCCUUGUGUGCGAUACACUCACACGUUUUUUAUGUAGCCACAGCAACCGUAAUAGGUUAUUCUUUAUGUAGCCACAGCUACCCUAAUAGGUUAUUCUUUAUGUAGCCACAGCUACCCUAAUAGGUUAUUCUUUAUGUAGCCACAGCAACCCUAAUAGGUUAUUCUUUAUGUAGCCACAGCUACCCUAAUAGGUUAUUCUUUAUGUAGCCACAGCAACCGUAAUAGGUUAUUCUUUAUGUAGCCACAGCAACCCUAAUAGGUUAUUCUUUAUGUAGCCACAGCUACCCUAAUAGGUUAUUCUUUAUGUAGCCACAGCUACCCUAAUAGGUUAUUCUUUAUGUAGCCACAGCUACCCUAAUAGGUUAUUCUUUAUGUAGCCACAGCUACCCUAAUAGGUUAUUCUUUAUGUAGCCACAGCUACCCUAAUAGGUUAUUCUUUAUGUAGCCACAGCUACCCUAAUAGGUUAUUCUUUAUGUAGCCACAGCUACCCUAAUAGGUUAUUCUUUAUGUAGCCACAGCUACCCUAAUAGGUUAUUCUUUAUGUAGCCACAGCAACCCUAAUAGGUUAUUCUUUAUGUAGCCACAGCAACCCUAAUAGGUUAUUUCUUUAUGUAGCUACGGCAACCCGUACAGGUUAUUUCUUUAUGUAGCUACGGCAACCCUAAUAGGGUAUUUCUUUAUGUAGCCACAGUAACCCUAACCCUAAUAGAUAGGUAUACUACUUUAUGUAGUUAACAUAACUUUACAUUGCUAUUUAUUUUGCUGAUUUGCACCCCAGUAUCAUAUUCUGCACAUCUAUCACUCCAGUGUUAAUACUAAAUUGUAAUUAUUUUGCACUAUGGUCUAUUUAUUGCCUUACCUCCAUAACUUACUACAUUUGCACACACUGUAUAUAGAUUUUCUAUUGUGUUAUUGACUGUACGUUUUGUUUACCCCAUAUGUAACUCUGUGUUGUUGUUGUUUUUAUCGCACUGCUUUGCUUUAUCUUGGCCAGGUCGCAGUUGUAAAUGAGAACUUGUUCUCAACUGGCUUACCUGGUUGAAAAAAUAAAUAAAUAAAAUAAUAAUGUAGCCGUAGCAACCCUAACUCUAAUAGGUUAUUCCUUUAAGUAGCCGUUGCAUCUCACAGUAUGUUCCUUGGCUAAGAGCAGCCCUGAACUCAGCUAACACAGCCAACAAUCUCUUAAAGCUGCAUUAUGUAACUUUUUGGGCGACCCAACCAAAUUCACAUAGAAAUGCGAGUUAUAGAUCUGUCAUUCUCAUUGAAAGCAUGUUUAAGAAGGGGUAUAUAUGUUCUAUGUGCUCUAUUUCUAUGCUUCCCGUUCAUAAGGUUAGUUUUCACGCGAGUAUAUUUAGAUGCUAACAUGCUUAGAUGCUAACAUGCUUAGAUGUUAACAUGCUUAGAAGCUAACAUGCUUAGAUUCUAACAUGCUCAGAUGUAAGCAUUUCACUGUAAGGUCUACACCUGUUGUAGUUUUAAAAUGUGAUUUGAUUUGCUGACUGACACGCUUAGAUGCUGACUGUCGCGCUUAGAUGCUGACUGUCACGCUUAGAUGCUGACUGUCGCGCUUACCCCAUACCCUAAGGCUCACUCCUGAGUGGCGCAGUGGUCUAAGGCACUGCAUCGCAGUGCUAACUGUGCCACUAGAGAUCCUGGUUCGAAUCCAGGCUCUGUCGCAGCCGGCCGCGACCGGGAGACUCAUGGGCGGCGCACAAUUGGCCCAGCGUCGUCCAGGGUAGGAGAGGGAAUGGCCGGCAGGGAUGUAGCUCAGUUGAUAGAGCAUGGCGUUUGCAACGCCAGGGUUGUGGGUUCGAUUCCCACAGGGGGCCAGUAUAAAAAAAAUAUGUAAUCACUAACUGUAAGUCGCUCUGGAUAAGAGCGUCUGCUAAAUGGCUAAAAUGUAAAUGUAAAAUGUAGAUGCUGACUGUCGCGCUCAGAUGCUGACUGUCGCGCUCAGAUGCUGACUGUCACGCUCAGAUGCUGACUGUCACGCUCAGAUGCUGACUGUCGCGCUCAGAUGCUGACUGUCGCGCUCAGAUGCUGACUGUCGCGCUCAGAUGCUGACUGUCGCGCUCAGAUGCUGACUGUCGCGCUCAGAUGCUGACUGUCGCGCUCAGAUGCUGACUGUCGCGCUCAGAUGCUGACUGUCGCGCUCAGAUGCUGACUGUUGCGCUUAGAUGCUGACUGUCGCGCUCAGAUGCUGACUGUCGUGCUCAGAUGCUGAGCGCUCAGAUGCCGACUGUCGCGCUCAGAUGCCGACUGUCGCGCUCAGAUGCCGACUGUCGCGCUCAGAUGCCGACUGUCGCGCUCAGAUGCCGACUGUCGCGCUCAGAUGCCGACGCUUCGAUGCUUACACGCUUCGACGCUAAUAAGCUAAGAUGCUAACAGGCUAGCCUCCAUUAACUCGAUCCUCCACUAUAAUCCUCCACUGAUCAAAUGAUCACACUAAUUCAAUCUAGGUGAAAUACUAUAGCUAUAGCCAGCGAAUGCACAUGUGCUAAUCUGAAGUGUGAUGAUGGAAGACUGCUUGCUUUAUCAGACAGUUACUGUAUGAGCUUCUUCUGUAUAACAUUCCUAUGUGAAUUGAAUGAAUGAAGCUUAUUGCAUUACCUAUCGUGUGGUUAAUAGAUUUUUAAUAGAUUCUUUUUUUAUUAGUUCCUCCUUUAGCGAGUUGGUGAUUAG